AGGCUUUGAGCCAACUUUGCUACGACAUUUGUGUUUCGUUUUUGACUAUCGGGCUCUUGGAAACCAACCGGUACAAACGGCGGAGGCUUUGCAAGUGAUAUGUCAAUCCUGUGCUAAGAAGAUCAAGUGCGUAUUAUGUCGGCCGACGCCGAGAAUAUUCGCGUCGUAGUCCGAUGCCGCCCUCUCAGUGAGAAGGAGCAGGCUGCAGGAUGUCAUGACAUUGUGGCGGUUGACACUGUUCAGGGGACAGUCUUGGUUACCAACCCAAAUGGGGCACACGGAGAUGUACCCCCCAAAAUGUUCACCUUUGACACCGUGUUUGACGUGAAUUCCAAGCAAGUUGAGGUAUACAACCAGGCAGCCAGACCGAUCGUCGAAAACGUGCUCGAAGGAUAUAAUGGCACGAUUUUUGCUUACGGCCAGACGGGUACAGGAAAGACGUUCACCAUGGUGGGAGACCGCUCAGUGCCAGAGUUAAAAGGGAUCAUUCCAAACUCAUUUGCACAUAUCUUUGGACACAUUGCUAAAGCCGAGGAUGACAAGAAGUUCCUAGUGAGGGCAUCAUACCUUGAGAUUUACAAUGAAGAGGCCAGAGAUCUUCUAGCAAAGGACCAAAAUGCAAGACUUGAAGUUAAGGAAAGGCCGGACAUCGGUGUAUAUGUUAAAGGACUUUCAAGUUGUGUCGUCAAAACAGCUGAUGAACUGGAUCGAAUCAUGACACUUGGAAACAAAAAUAGGGCUGUGGGUGCAACCAACAUGAAUGCGCACAGCUCUCGUUCUCACGCUAUGUUCACAAUCACUGUGGAGUGCAGCGAGUGCGGUCUCGAUGGUAGGCAGCAUGUCCGUGUUGGCAAGCUUCACCUUGUCGACCUGGCGGGUUCUGAGCGUCAGAGCAAAACAGGCUCUUCAGGUCAGAGACUACGAGAGGCAUCGAAAAUCAACUUGUCGCUGUCGACCCUCGGCAAUGUUAUCUCUGCUCUGGUUGAUGGCAAAAGCACGCACGUGCCUUAUCGGAAUUCAAAACUAACGCGCCUGUUGCAAGAUUCGCUUGGUGGGAAUUCCAAAACCUUGAUGUGCACCAAUAUUGGCCCUGCUGACUAUAACUAUGAUGAAACAAUUAGUGCUCUUCGUUAUGCCAAUCGAGCCAAGAACAUAAAGAACAAGGCCCGUAUCAAUGAAGAUCCAAAGGAUGCCCUGCUUCGUCAGUUUCAAAAGGAAAUUGAAGACCUCAGAAAACAGCUGCAGGAAGGGGCUGAUGAUUCAACACCGGAGGAUGACAGUAGUGAAGAAGCUAGCUGUGGUGAUGACAACACUGAUAAAAAGGACAAGCGGAAACGAAAAAAAGCCAUUUCCGAGGAGAAGAUGCGUGAGAUACAAGCACAGAUUUUAGCGGAUCGAAAGACCUUAUCAGAAAAAAAAGACAUGGCCCAGGAAGAGCGUGACCGUCUCGCUAGCGAGCUUGAAAUGAGAGAACAACAGCUGAAUGCAGCAAGAGAAGAGCAGGAAGGCUUGAUGCAAAAGCUUCAUGCGCUCGAAAAGAAGAUUAUCGUUGGAGGUGAGAACCUCCUCCAAAAGGCUGAAGAACAGGAGCGACUCUUGGAAGAGAGUGCACGAGAGCUUGAAGACAGGAAGCGAAAAGAAGCUGCUCUCAGAGAAGCCCUUGAGCAAAAGGAGGCUGAGCGGCUGGAUAUGGAGGAGCGAUACUCCACUCUGCAAGAGGAGGCAGCGGGCAAGACACGUAAGCUGAAGAAGGUCUGGGCUAUGCUGAUGAGCGCAAAGGCAGAGAUGGCCGACCUGCGUCAGGAGCACCAGCGUGAAACCGAGGGGCUGCUCGAGAAUGUGCGCCAGCUUAGUCGGGAACUGCGGCUCAACAUGCUCCUCAUAGAUGCCUUCAUACCGCCAGAGUACCAGGAGCUCCUAGAGAGGUGUGUCCAGUGGAACGAAGACACCGGAGAGUGGCAGCUGAAGUGCAUUGCCUACACAGGAAACAACAUGUGCAAACAAAGUUCUCCUGAUGUUGGCAAUCUUCAUGAGAAAUCUGAGCUGGAUAUCUCUCAUGUGUACUUGAGCUACUCUCUGGAUGGGCUGCAGAUGCCUGGCCGGCACCGAUCAGGAAGAAAGUCGGCUCGUCCAAAAACCUCUCGUCCGAAGUCUUCUCGCAGGGAUCACUGUGGAGUUGCCUCGGGAAGCCUGUCCCAAGCUUAGUUUCAAUGGCCACAUCGUUUCAUAUUCAUGCCUGUCUCAUGCUCAGAACCUUUUGUUCUGUACGUGGGCAAGCUGAGAAUACAAGCCCUGGGAUUCAAGUUUACUUAGCUUCAACAGUUGCAACAUGAACUUUGUGAAAUAAAUCAUUCAACACUACAGGGCAAAGUGCAAUUAAUAAAUUUAUGUAUUUGGUUAUCGUAUGGAAAAAAAAAAGAAACAAUUAUUGUGAAAAGGAAAAAAAAAACUUAUCUUUUUGUGUUAUGAUGUAGAAUGAGCAGCUUUCAUAUUUAGUGAUAUUUACUUAUUUAUAUAUUUAUUAAGGUGUGUACAUAUUUUCUGUGCUACAUGUUUAUGUAUUGUGUGUCUAUAUAGUUAUGAAAUUUUUUAUGUGCGUGAUGUGAUUGGUUUGGGCCAUAGAGUUUCAUACAAAAAUUACUGGGCAGAACUUUGGCGGUAGUGUCUAUGGUAGCUGCAAGCGAGGUGGUUCAGCCAGCAUGACAAUGAUGAGUAGUUCAUGGAUUUGCUUAAACUUUGUCCUUCAGGCUUCAGACGACUUUGUAACUUUCUGUAAACUCAUCAUUUUCAACAAGGUACUGCGUACAAAAUAAUUGAUUAAACUUUAUUAAAAUUGUCCUACAGCAGGAUUCAAAUGCAGGGCCUCUAGCACAGAAGCCCGAUAUUGAAACUAUUAUGCCACGGAUGCGUGCAUCGAAAAGCGGCAUAUGAAUUUCUCACAGGCAAGCCAGUGCCUUGAGACACUUGGAUGGCUGGAUGGAUGGAAUAACUUUAAUGAAAGAUCCUGAGCUACUGGGCGCAAGGGCCCAUAGAGCGAGCUACUCCCACAUUGAGACCGGGAGUUUUAACACCCUGGCUGCAUCGUGGGCACGCUGGACAGCCCAGUGCUGCUCUGCCAGGUCCGUGCUGUGUAAUGCUUCUUGUAGCCUGGCGGAGUCUUGAUUCUUGUUUCCGUGGGUCUGACCACACGGCCAGAGCAAGUGAUGUACAUCUAGUGUGCUAAGGCAAUUUUCGCAAUAUGAUGUUCUGUAUAGCUCAGGCAUGUAGUGAUGUAGUCUGUUCUGCAUGGGGUACGUGUUGGUUUGAAGCAUUCUGAAGGUGAGGGCUUGAGGCCUGGUGAGCUUAUUGUGAGGUGUGCUGUAUAUUCUGCGGUCUAGACAAAAGUGCUUUGUGAUCUCGUUUUAUGUGGAGGGAGGGUCCCGAUUCUCAAUGGGAUGGUCACGACCAGAAUAGGUGGUGUCGCGGAAGGUUAGGCCUCACGCGCUCCUGUGAGCCAUCUGAUUGAGAUUGGGAGGGGCGUCCUCGAUCUCUCCGAGGUGUGCCGGGAACCAGCAGAUGGUGUGAUGCUGCAGUGGUGCAAAUGUAUUGACUAUUUGUAGUGCUUGUCACCUUGACAAACCAAACCGUUGCAAUUAGUAAUUAAUUGUGUAUGUUCACUGAGUCUUCUGUGCUCAGAAAAGUAUAGAUUGCUUCGAAAUUCACGACAAUGAAGGCAGAUAUUGUGCAGUUAACAGUCAAGAAUGUCUGAAUUCACAAGUACGAAGAUCAGAAAAAUUCAUGUACUACCCAUCAUUCCCAUGGUCGUGGAAUGAUUGCAGUGCCAGAGUUCCCUCUAGUAAUUAUUGUAGGAAACUCUAUGGUUUGGGCAGCCCUAUAGGCCUCUUUGCAAUUCAUUUUAUAUGUGCCAGCACUGGUGAGAUGCGCUCUUAUGUUCGAUGAACUUGAGGUGUUUAAUCUUGCUGAUGGUGACCAUGACAAUAAGGCUACAGGGUUUUUGAAAGGUAAUUGUGAUUAAGCUCGUGAAAUUGUGGUAGGUUGUGUCAUCAUCAUCACUUUAACUGCAGUGGUGUGCAUAAUAAUGAUGCCUUGAUGCAGUGAUUAGGGAACCGAUUAACUUUGGUGUGCAGAUUCACAUUUUGUCAGGCGGCACACUUAGCUCACUCAUAACUUCAAUAUUGUGGCUUUCUUGUGAAGCUUCAUUUGGAUGUUUGGCAUAUUUGACAUUCUACCAAUGGGCAUGUGUCACGGGAGUGGGUGACUAACAUUUCAUGCCAUCAAAAGCAUUCACAUGCCCUCUUUAUUACAAUUACAUAUCACAUGCCAUAGCUGGAACACCCUAUACUUUGUAGUACCGGCCAGGGAACAUAAAGCAGCAUUUCACUUUCAACUGACUCCCAAGUCCAAUAAGAUGGAAAAUUUGGGGAGUUGGGUCGUAGUCUGUGGUCUGUGUCCGAGUCAGCACUGUAUUGUGUUCCCUUCCAUCCCUUUUGUCCACAUCUGUUGCGCUGUAGCUACCAUGAUUCCCUAAAUUGUGAACAGUUACUUUCAUGCAUUUGCAUGCUUACAAUGCAGUCUAUUUCCUUGUCUCUUUUAUUGCAUCAGACCGUUUCUCACGUUGAACUUCGCCAAAGAACAAAAAUAUAUUACCCAUUUUGUUUGAUGCUGUGCUUCAUACGUAAUAACACUUGUAAGAAAAUUUUUAAUGCUCUUCCAUUGCCCUUUCAAUAAUUUAUAUUUCAAUGCAUAUAAAUGUUAACUUUAGCUUUCUUGGAAGUGUUUGUUUUAAGUUAUCAAAACAGCUGCACAGCCACUAAGGUGAAUUGCCUGGACAUAUUACAGUGUGCUAAACUCGCGGACAACUUUCUGUGGCAACAAAGAGAAAAGCUGCAGGGGUGAAACGGGCACAAGCAAGAGCAAGCCUGAAAAAAAAUUCCACAUUCUCAUUCGUGUUAGUUAAAGUUGGGGACUAGAAAACAUAAUGCAGCUUAUAUACAACAGCACAAUAAGAUAAUGUUAAAUUUGACAUAUUUUUCUGCUUUUCUCUAACAAAUGCAUUCAGCAAAUGCAAAACUGUUGCAUGCGAUAGCUACAGUGAUUCAGUGUCUGUUCCAAGAAACCAAAAGCACUGUCAAACGCUGCCAGAAUUAUUGGUGCAGUAGGAAAUGUGCGGAAGUCCUGCUCCUAUAGCUUUCUCUUCACUGCCACAGAAAGUUGUCCGUGAGUAUAAUUGCAGUAUAGUUGUGCGUUCAACGGGAACUUGGUACUAUUUCUCUGUGUUAUUUAUUUUUGUUGUGAAGGAUGUUGUAUGUAUAUUUUACUAUGUUUUUACUGUAAGCUAUUUAUAUUUUGCAAAUAAAAUGCAUCCCUAAACCUCCA